UUAAGUAGGCUGAAAUUUGCUCAAAUAAAAGAGCGGUUUCAAGCACUCCGCAACAUUUGUAUGUAAUUCGGCAAGAAGCAACAGCAUGAACGACAAACACUACACUUACGAUGAGUUCAAAAUCUCGUCGGAGAAGUACAAGAACGUGGAGUUCGAGGCGGCGUUGGAGCACACCGGCUUCGGGAAGUACAACCUGGCGCUGAUCUUCGUCUGCGGGUUGACGCUCUUCGGGGUCAACAGCGAGGCCUACGCCGUGGGGUACGUGCUGCCGUCGGCGGAAUGCGACCUGGAGCUGGACACCUACAUGAAGGGGAUCCUCACCUCGACGAACUUCAUCGGGAUCACCGGGACCUGCUGCAUGUGGGGGUACCUCUCGGACACGAAAGGACGCAAGUCGGUCCUCACCAUCAGCUUGAUUCUGGCCUUCGUGAGCAGCGUGGCGGCGUCGUUCAUACCCUCGUUCUGGGGGUUCGCCAUCUUGAGAUUCUGCAACGGAAUUUUCAUCGCCGGCCCCUCCGCCAUCGUCUAUGCCUACUUCGGAGAAUUCCAGAGCCGGAUUUAUCGCUCGACAGCCAUGGCCUGGAUGAGUCUUUUCAUAGCACUGGCUUUAAUCACCCUCCCGGGUCUCGGCUGGGCUCUCCUCCCCCAACACAUCCACUUCCAACUAUUCGGUCUCCCAGUCACCUCCUGGAGGAUCUACAUGUUCCUGAUUAGUAUCCCUAACUUGGUCGCAGCCAUCGCCUUCCUCAAACUCCCCGAAAGCCCCAAGUUCCUCUACCACAGCGGCCAGAUCGAGGAAGCCUUCGAUGUCCUGAAGCGCAUCUACACCAUCAACACCGGCAAGCCCGAAUCCACGUUCCCCAUUGAAAGCCUCCAGGAAAAAGUGAUCUACCAAGUUGACACCUCCAAGAAGAAGAACAUCCUCAAGGAUUUCUGGGGACAAAUCGCCCCUCUGUUCGUACCACCACACCUGAAGUACUCUUUGGCAGCUGGGGUGAUGCAAGGGGGUGUGUUUGCCGUCUCGAGUGGCUUGCUGUUGUGGUACCCCGAUAUAAUCAACCAAUUAUCACACUCCGCGAGCGCCAACAGCAGCGCAACGGUCUGCCAAGCUCUCUCCAACGUCCACAGCGACAACGAAACUCUAGUGGCUUGCGUGGAAGACAACAUCAACGAUCAAGUCUUCAUCCAGAACAUCAUCAUCGGGGUGGCGUACUUAGUCAGCUACGUGGUCUGGGGAUUCGUAGUCAACUUUCUAGGAAAUCGCAACUUCUUCGGUGUCUGCAUGGUCGUGUCAGCCGUUUCUUUGGUCCUCCUCAACUUCCUGACCGAGAAGGUGGUCAUUGACGUGUUGUUCGUGGUUUUGUUGACCCUACCAGGGAUCUGUGUCGCCGUUAUCAAUCUGAUAAUGGUGGAAAUCAUUCCUACGUACCUUUGCGGGAUGGCGGUUUGCGUUGUCAUGACAGCCGGGAGAAUCGGGAGCAUUGUGUCCAGUUCGGUUGUCGGGAUCAUGCUCCUGUGGAACUGCGCGGUCACGUUUAACUUGUACGCAGUCAAUCUCUUAGUGUGUCUUCUUUUGGUGUUCAUAUUUCCGAGAAACUCAACGUAGCAACAAAUGCCACACCCGACUUAAUUUAUUGUGAUAACUUAAUUGUACGCACUGUGCUAACGUAAUUUUAGUUAGAAAAAAUAAAUAUUUAUACAUUUUUUUUAA